AUGGCUUCACGUGGAUGUAGCUAUGGCCUUAGCGCCCAGGUUGCCAACAAGAUCGCCGGCAAGCGUGACCCUCAGCUAGAGGCGGAGGUGCUCGGCUGGAUUGAGGCAGUCCUCGGCGAGCGUCUGCCCUCGGGCACCUUCGAGGAGGUCCUCCGCGACGGGACCAUCCUCUGUCGGCUGAUGAACAAGCUGAAGCCCGGCUCUAUUCCCAAGAUCAACUCGCAGGGCGGGCAGUUCAAGAUGAUGGAGAACAUCAACAAAUUCCAGUCGGCCAUCAAGGACUACGGCGUCCCUGACAUUGACUGCUUCCAGACGGUGGACCUCUACGAGAGGCGAAACAUCCCCCAGGUCACCCAGUGCAUCAUGGCCCUCGGCCGAACCUGCUACUUGCACCCCGAGUGGCCCGGUCCCUUCCUCGGCCCGAAGCCUGCCGAUGAGAACAAGCGCAACUUCAGCGAGGAGCAGCUGCGCGCCGGCGAGGGCGUCAUCAACCUGCAGUACGGCACCAACAAGGGCGCCAACGCUACCGGUCUCAACUUUGGUAACACCCGUCACAUGUAA